GGCGGGCCGUUGGAGAAGCGUCUCCGGCCCAACCGUCGCUGUGCCCCCUCCCACACACACGCGCACACGCGCGCGGUGACCACGAACAACCCGCUGACCGCACUCAUCCUCAUUAUAGCCCCACAUACAGACCUUUCACCUAAUCCCCGGUAACGUGUCCAAAGGUCCCAAGGCGCUUGCUUUACUUCACAGCAGUGUCAUCGAACUAAACUGAUCUCAACCCAAUUUAACUCUCGGACAGUAGUUGUGCAGAAAAGGAACUGCAGAUGCUGGUUUACGCAGAAGGCAGACACAAAAUCCUGGAGUAACUCAGCGGGACUGGCAGCGUCUGUGUGGAGGAAGGAAUAGGUGAAGUUUCGGGUCGAGACCCUUCUUCAAACAACUCCAGGACAGUUGGUGCGGAAUGAACUGCAGGUGCUGGUUUGCACCGAAGAUAGAUACAAAAUACUGGAGUAACUCAGCGGGUCAACUACAUGAUUAAAACGGAAUGGAAGUUGGGCCGGAUGAGAAGCUUUCUCAGCUGGUGGAAGAUCUCACCACCUCAGGACAGCAAGUGCUAAAUCCAGAUAAGAUGAGGGAACUGAAGAAAAUCUGCAAGUUAUCUGAGGAGUAUGUCAAGCACGCGUACCACUUAAUUAUGAGACAGCUAAACCAAGAGCAUGCAGAGAUCCGCCUAUCCGCUUUCCAAAUAGCAAAUGAACUCUUUAUGCGCUCACAUCAGUUUCGGUUGCUACUUAUUUCAAACUUUCAGGAAUUCUUGGAGUUGACGGUAGAAACCGAUUAUGAACAGCCUCUGCCUCCACCAAAAGAAGCAGCUCAAAAAUUAAAGGAAAUGGCAAUUAAAACUGUCCAGGAGUGGCAAGACAAAUAUGGAGAUGGUUACAAAAAACUCUCACUGGGUUAUCAUUUCCUGAAACAGAUUAAGAAGGUGGAUUUUCAAGAUAUUCGGGCUAGAACUCAAGCUGAGCGAAAACGUGAGGAAGAGAGAUCGAAAAGGCUGGAGAACAUUAAUAAAAUGAGGGUGAAGCGAGUGGAAGAGGAAAUGAAAGAGAUGUCAGAAGAAAUUGAGAACUCUCUGGCAGAAAUGGAGGCAUGCUUCAAAUUACUACUCCCCAGUCUCUCUGAGUUCACUUUUAGUGAUGAAGGCUCUCAGUGCAACCAAGACUCGCCUGAUAAAACAGCAAAUGGCAGCUCUACAACCAGCAGGCAGAGAGUUGACCACCAAUGGGCCAGCAAUCAUAUUGAUGAUGAGCAGCCUUGCAGCAGUAAAGACCUUUCCCCACAGCCUCUGGCGAACACAGCUCCUGAAGAGCAGCAAUUGGAUGAAGAGCUAGACAACUUCAGUCAAAAUGAAGACGAUGAAAGUGAAAAUUUUGAAGACAAUGAAGAAAUGAUCAGAAAUUAUGGGCUUCUUUCCCAUAAAUAUUCUCUUGACUUAGAAAUUAAUACGGAUUUAAAGAUCAACGAGGAUGAGGACAACACUGCUGUAAUUAACAAUGUGAAGGAUUUCCAAAGAUUGAUCACUAAUAAAUACCUGCCGACUGUGCAGUGCUGGAUCCAGACAUUCACCAAAGCAGGUAUUAGUGAUAACCGAUUGAGACGAGCCAUUGACUUAAAAAGUGCAAUAGAUCGCACAUUAGAAAAACAUGAUGAGAUGAACAUUCGUUCGAAGAAGAGAUACAGGAAAGUGAUGAAAGCAACUGAUGAGGAUGAUGAUGACGACGACGAUGAUGAUUUUGUUGAAGUUCCUGAGAAGGAAGGUUAUGAGCCGCACAUUAAGGAGCACCUUCGAGAGGAGUAUGGACUGGAGCCACUGAUACCGAAGACCAAGGAAGCAGUGAAAAGAGUAACACCAUCUGCUGAACCCUUAGCAGCGCGGAGGAAUGACGAGGAACUUGACCCAACAUGUGCUGCAGCAACGUUAAAAAUCUGGAAAGAACAGCUAUCCUCGCAGAUGGACAGCCUACCUGGAACCUCGGACGACAACAUUUGGUCAUCCACACCAGCAGUGCCAGAACCGUCCAGUGAAGAUGCCAAGAAAAGAAAAAGUGAAGAGAUGAAAAAAGCACCUGUGAUGCCUUUCGGGUUGGACCUUCACUACUGGGGAGAAGAGCAGUCAACGACUGGCAAAAUUCUCAAAAUUGAUAUUCCGCAUCGAUUCUGGGGGCCUAAAGAAACGGAGGAUGAGUCUGAAAACAAGGAGGUGGCAACCUUGCUGAAAACCAGAUACAUAACCUUUGCAGGGAAGUUUGAACCUGUAAAGCACAAAUGCCAAGCACCUAUGCCCAAUGGAAAACUUUGUGAACGCCAGGAUCGUUUCAAGUGCCCUUUCCAUGGAAAAAUUAUCUCAAGAGAUGCUCAAGGAAAUCCUGUGAAUCUAGAAGAUAUUCAAAGACAGGAGCAAGAAAAACGAAGAAAGCAAGAAGAAGAAACUGACUGGCGAGAUCCAGAAUUAAUGCGUGAGAUUGAAGCUGCCACAGGAGCAGAUCUUGGCUCUUCAAGAUAUGACCGAAAGGGAAAAGGGAAAAAAGGAAAAGGAAAAAAGAAAAAGUAUCCAAAUCUCACUGACCUGAAACAGGAGAGUAACACAUCUCGAUCAAGGCUGGAGAAACGAGUGUUCAACAAAGCUUCAGUCAAACGAGUCUCCGAAGCAAUGGCCUUUAUCGACAAAAGAAAACAUGAAAAGUUUGCGAAUCAGUUCAACUAUGCAUUGCAUUAAGGCGGGCAAGGUGCAGAGAAAGGUCACUGUAUUGUGACCAUGCUAUGUUUCAGCUAUCAAGUCUUUUGCAACAGAAAUUUUUAGCUCCUAUCUGCUGUUUUCUAUAGAUCUCAAGAGAGAGUUUUAUCUAUCUAGGGCUAGCGGAGUUAAGGGAUAUGGGGAGAAGGCAGGAACGGGGUACUGAUUGUGGAUGAUCAACCAUGAUCACAUUGAAUGGCGGUGCUGGCUCGUAGGGCUAAAUGGCCUAUUCCUGCACCUAUUGUCUAUUAUCUAUUACAGGAAUAAAAAUUUGAUCAGUGUACAUUAUUUAUUGUAAAGUAUUUAAUUAUGUAUUUUUUACACCAGGUGCUAAAUUUGUACAAAAUAUAAAUGUUUAAUGUAUGUUAUGGUAAUGGAUGGUAAUUGUAAUUGAUGAUGUGAUGCACAGAACUAUGGGGGACUCUAUUCAUGUAGUUUUAUUGAGCAGUUUACAGAAGAAAGUGAACUGAUUAUUAAAUCUUCCCAGCAAUUUAAAUCAAUUUUAACUUUACUAUGACCUGUAUUGCUCUUCUUUGUAUUUCAAUACUUUCACCAGUUAAUGGUGUUAAAUCCGCAUGCUUUAUUCAGGCUGAAAGUCAUCAUUUCCCACUUGACAGAUGCAAAAUGAUCUGAAUGUUUUCCUGAUUUUAAUUAGAUUAGAGCAGGUAGCUUGUAGUGGGGACCAGAUAUGAAGUGCUGUUGCAGAGAGUUGGAAACGGUUUGGGAAAUGAUAGGUUGGAGGUGGGGAGAGGGAAGGAGGAGAUGAUAAUGGAGGGGGUGAAGGGUGAAAGGAAGUGGAGCUGAAUUGCAUCAAUGCCAAAUACCCAGAUUGCCAGAAGAUUCAAGGCGCAUUUGUAUUACAACAUGUAACACACAGAUACUACAGAUACAAGUAUAAUACCAGUUUUGAAUGGGCGGUCAGAGUGGCGCAGCAGUAGAGUUGCUGCCUGACAGUGAAUGCAGCGCCGGAAACCUGGGUUCGAUCCCGACUACGGGUGCUGUCUGUACGGAGUUUGUACGUUCUCCCCGUGACCUGUAUGUGCUUUCCCCAAGAUCUUCGGUUUCCUCCCACACUCCAAAGACGUAUGGGUUUGUAGGAUAAUUGGCUUCGUAAAUGUAAAAAUUGUCCUAAGUGGGAUAAUGUUAAUGUGUGGGGAUCUCUGGUCGGCGCGGACUCGGUGGGCCGAAGGGCCUGUUUCCGUGAUGUAUCUCUAAACUAAAUUAAAGACUGGAGAGGAGAUUAGGAUAGACACAAAAAGGUGGAGUAACUAAGCGGGUCAGACAGCAUAUGUGGAGAAAUGGUGACGUUUUGGGUCGAGACCCUUCAGUUUCUUCCCAGCUGUUAUCGGGCAACUGAAUCAUCGUUCCACAACCAGAGAGCAGUCCUGAACUACUAUCCACCUCAUUGGUGACCCUCAGACUAUUAAUUGAACUUUAAUGGCUUUACCUUACAUUAGGAUGUUGCAUAACCAUAGUCUCGGUUGCGUUUAACUGACGGAUAAAAUGUUUGCAAUAAAAGGUGGCAUGGACAAAA